AUGGCAUACGCGCCCAUGAUGGGUGGCCACGGGAUGCAUAUUGAGCCGUCUGGGCAUCCCGUCGUCGUGUCGAUUGUGAGCGGACACCAGCAAUACCCCCAACAGCAAUACCCCCAACAGCAAUACCCCCAACAGCAAUACCCCCAACAGCAAUACCCCCAACAGCAAUACCCCCAACAGCAAUACCUCCAACAGCAAUACCUCCAACAGCAAUACCUCCAACAGCAGCCUAUGGUCGCCUCAACAAUGGGAGGUCAGCAAGUCGGCGGACAGCCUGUGAUCUUGUCUUUCAUGGCUAAUCAACCUCUCGUAAUUCUGUCAUACCUGGGUGGUCAGAGGGGCUUCCAGCAUCCCGUCGUUUUGUCCACGAUGGGUAGUCAACAGCCAGGUUUCGGUGGACCACAGGCAAUGGCCAUGUCGAUCAGUACUCAACCACAAAGCGCGAAUCUGAUGCGACAACAAAUGAUGAUGCACGAUGGUCAGCAAGUUUUUCAGAGUGAGGACCAAUUUACGGGGGAACCUAGACAGCCUGCUCCAGUGCUACUGGACGGUGUCAGACCGCAACAGGGAUCGGUGCUCACUCGACCUCCGGUUGCACCUGGAUCGACGCUUCGACAGCCUGGAGCGCCAGGGCCGUUGAUGGCAAGUACUCAGAUGCUCCCAGCAAAACCUGGACCACAGAUACUCCCAGCAAAACCUGGACCACAGAUACUCCCAGCAAAACCUGGGCCACAAGUACUCCCGGCAAAACCUGGACCGCAGAUGUCUCUUUCAAAACCUGGACCACAAAUGGCGCCGAAGAUGCCUAGUAAAAAUAUAAGAUAA